GUUCUUCUCAUGAAGCUUUCUGCUUGGGAAAGAUUCUACUGAAAACCCAAAAUCCUUGAUAGUGCUUUGGAAGUAGGGAUGCAUUUUGGGUGAGGAUAGCAGAUUCAGGAUUUGAAAGUAUUUGAUGUAGUUGCAAGAAUGAUGAAUUGAUGGUGAAAAGGACAAGUUUUCUGGGCAUACUUGAAAUUCACUAAGAAAAGAGGCAGCAGAAACUAUUUUGUUGCUGAACUUGCCAAUCUAGCAAAAUGGGUGGUGUUGCAUCAAAGGUUAACAAGGAAGAAAGGGUUCGGGUUUGCAAGGAAAGAAGGAAGCUAAUGAAGCAGUUGGUGAGAUUUAGAGGUGAAUUUGCAGAUGCACAGUUGGUUUAUAUGAGAGCAUUAAGAAAUAUUGGAGCAACACUAAGGCAAUUUACAGAGUCUGAUUCAUUGGAGCUUGAAACUACUUCUUAUGGCCUUGGAUUGCCACCAUCACCUCCUCCCCCUUUGCCCCCUUCGCCUCCACCACCACCUCCUCUCAGCCCUGACUUGAGAAAGUCGGAUAAUGAUCAGAAAGAAGAAGUUGGCCCAGAAGAAAGCAGGGAUUUUAUAGAGGAUGAUGUCAGUACCCCACCAUCUCCUCUGGUCCAACACUCAUCAUCUUGGGACAUUUUUGGUUCUUAUUCACCGCAUUAUCAGAAACAUGAUGAAACAGUGGAGUCAAAUGACGAGGAAAAGUGGGCAGAUACCAAGACGAAAUUUGAUGAAGAUGAACAAGAAGAGGAAACUGUUGCAAAUGUUGUGAGUAUGCUGCCUAAGAAACUGCAGCUCGAAGGAUCCGUCGAGGAUAAUAUUUCAACAAUGAGGUUGCCAUGCCCUAAGGACUCUGCAGACACAACCAUGAUACUAUGGAAACACAAGAGGACCUUGGAGAGUAUAGCCAAGGAGUUGGAUGAACAUUUUCUGAAAUCCUCAGCUGGUUUAAAGGAGAUUGCUGUUCUUAUGGAAAUCAAAGGAGGGGAUACAUUUCUGCUACAGCGUACUAAUGAAAACAGGAGGAAGAGAUGCAAUUCUGCAAAGGUCUUUAGUGCAUUGUCAUGGAACCGAUCUGCCAGGGCACUUCAAUAUUCAAGAGAUGCUGUUGAGUCUAGUGAUCCUAGUGAACCUUGCAGGCCAGGAGCUCAUUGCAUCACUCUCAGGAGGUUAUAUGAAGCGGAAAAGAAACUUUACAAGGAGAUUAAGGAAGAAGAGCUUACCAAACUAGAAUAUGAGAGGAAAUCCAAAUUACUGCAAAAACAAGAGGAUGAAGGUGACUGCGUCAAGAGUGAGAAAACUCGGUUUAUUGUUGAGAAUUUGGAGGCUGACAUGUUACGUCUGCAGCAGUCCAUCAGCUGUAUUUGUUCUUCUAUGGUGAAGCUUAUAGAUGACGAGAUGUAUCCUCAGCUGUGCAGAUUAAUUUCCGGACUAUUGCACAUAUGGAGAACGAUGCAUGAAUGCCAUCACUUUCAGAAUUAUGUUUCUCAGCAGUUGAAUAAUCUUACUGAUAUUCAUAAGAUUGACUUGAGCACCUCCUAUCAUCGCCAAGCAGCAAUUCAACUUGAGUCUGAGGUAUCUUGUUGGAACAACAGCUUUUCUGAAGCCAUGAAAUCGCAACAAGAAUAUGUCAGAACACUUUGCAGGUGGAUCCAGCUCACUGAUUAUCUUGUGGAUGAUCAUCGACAGAGUUUGUACUCUUCUGCUGUUUGUCGCAUGUGUGAGCAAUGGCAGCUCGCCCUUGAUAAAUCACCAAAUAAGGAAGCAGCAGAGGCCAUUCAGAGCCUUCUAGCAGCCAUCCAAAGAAUUUGUCGACAGCAAGAAGUGGAGCAAAAUCUGCAGAACAAAUCUGAAAAGCUCCAGAAAAGGCUGCAAAAGGAGUUGCAUUCGUUAGCUGACUUGGAGAGAAAGAUGAAGCUCAGCUUCACUGAUGGAGAUACGUGCUCUGACUUGGACCCUAAACAUCCUUUCAUAAUAAAGAGGGGUAAAACUGAAGCCUUAAAGAAGCAAGUGGAAAUUGAGAGAGAGAAAUAUCUCAAGGAAGUCCAGGUCAGCAAGAACCUGAUAUUGGACAAUCUGAAAACAAGCCUUCCCAAGGUGUUCCAAGCAUUAAUGGCAUUUUCUAGUGCCUAUGUUCAGGGCAUUGAGCCUAUAUCUAGCGAAGAAACUAAGCAAGCAGAGAGUUCUGAUGAUGGAAUUCUGACCUCAUAGUAUCAAAAUUUUCUCCCAGUAGUGUGGAGUUGGAGUGGAGGCUAUGAGUAAAUCUUACUGGGUUAUCACAGUGGUUAAAGAAGUUGGGCGCUGAAGCUAUUUUUUAGAUUGGCAGAUCUAAUUGCUUUUGCAAGGGAGGAUAAGUUAUAUACUACCCUUGAAACCAUUUCUGCCCUAACAAGGCCCUAAGAUACUAGAUGUUUGUGAUUCAAACCUUUAUUGUGGUCUCGUCAUGCUUCCACUUCUAAUAUUUCAUGCAUCUGCUAUUUCGGCCAACACCAUUGUUUCUGCAUUACGUGACAUGUUCCUUUUCUGAUUAGGACUCGUCUCCUAAUGGAUUU